AUGGCCGCCCAAACCGCUGAUCCUCUAGCGGACGAGCUCGCUCUGGGAUGGGGUGAAGACACGAUUUACUGCGAAGCGACUUGCGACCCCGAAGAUGUCUUGUACGAGGGUUCAGACGACGAAAACUACGAUAACCCUAUGUCACGAAAACUACGUAUCGAAGCAGCAGGUCAACGAUUUCUCGACGGCAAAACACCAGUCCUCUUGACAGCAUUGCUCAGAGGCCCUUUUGAUGCGAAGUCCUCGAACUGGGUCAACCCGUGGCGUUCAAAGCACCGAACGGCCGGAAAUGCAAGAAUAAUAAGGACGUCGCCUGGGAAAUUGAAAAGGUCUGCCAACGUUAGACGCAGCGUAACUAUACCAGAGACAGUUCAGCCGGCUAGUGAUAGUCUGGAAUGUCACCUCCCGAGCCCCGAAAGCCUUAACCAAACUUCCGAGACCGAAAUACACCCUUAUUUGGAAGAAGAUGAGCUCGCCAAGGUCCGAGAAUGGAGAGAUGCCGUGGACGCUGAAAAGAAACCGAAGGACGAGUUCUGGGCAUCAACACCACAAGGAUCACUGUCCGAGAGAAAGCGAAAGGCCAAGGGAUCUUCAUGGUUGAAGCAUUUGGCGAAUAAACGACAACGAACAGAUAUCAUAGAAACGGGUUCCAUUGAUACUCCGGUCCCAUCCCGAAAUCAACCUUCAUUCUCAGCUACGAAGGCGUUCAACACAUCCUUUUCAACUGUCCCCGAUCGCUUGCCGUCUUCCGCCAUUGCAACAAAGAGAUUCUUCUCAACGCCGCAACAUGAGCAACCCACUUCAGAGGACGAACUAUCCCGCGAUAAGGUUAAGCUGGGUCGACCCUCUGCGCCUUCGUCGUCAUAUUUAUCAAGUCUACAGUACACUCCCGUCCUGAACGCACAUGCGAAUAUAUCGUCACGAGACAGUAUCGAUCAAGUCUCGGUUUGUCAACGAGGUUCUGUACCCGGAUCAACUGAUUUGAGAGCCCAAGAUGAAGUUUUCAGGAAUUCUCGCCCAGCUUUUGAGACCCAAGAAGAUGACAGUUUCUGUUUUAAAAUGCGGCCAAAGCUCAAUCAAGCUGUUAAGACUGCAUCAGACCAAGAUAUGUCCAUAUCUAGAGACGAGGACACUUGGUCUGGCCUGUCAUCGCCCAACGAUGAUAUGGCCAGCACACCAGUAGAGGAGGGGCGCAGCCUACGAGACUCAGCAAUGGAAAUUGAUCAAAUCGUUGUGACAAGUCCUCUGUCAUCUAUCUCAAGCAAGGAGUUUCGUGGAUUCGAGAUUUCUGACAGCCGACCUUCUUCGAUGAUUGACACCACGCCAUCUGAUUCGAUCAGCGAAUGUCAAUCAGCCACAGGGUCAGAAGAUGAGGACAUGGGUGUGACUGUGACAGCCGAUGUCGCCAGCAGCCUGGCUGUAACUGAAAAUCACGAGAGCAUUGUCACUGCCUCCGAUCACAUCCGACCAGAUAGCGCCAGUGCUUCUUCGAUGAUUGACACCACGCCAUCUGCUUCAGAACUCACAAGUUGUCCUAGUCAAGUGUCAGCGGAAGACGCAAUAGUGCUCGUCACUGAAGAAAUGCCCAGCGAAUGCCAAUCGGCCACAGAGUCAGAAGAUGAAGAUAUGGUUGGGACAACGGAUGUCACCAGCAAAGCGAAAGCCACUGAAGUCGUAUCCCCAACAACACUCAAUAAUAGGACGCCACAAACCUUAGCAGGACGUCGUCGCGAGGCUGAUACGACGCCAUCAAAAUCCACAACACCUUCUCAUGCUGAGUAUCUUCUCAGAACUUCAAUCAAGAAGAGAUUCAUUCCUCAAAGCUCAUGGGAAAAGUUGGCAAAAUUGACUGGAAGCCCUGCCUAUCAAAGCAUACCCCAAAGAAGAGCAUCUUGCCCAUCGAAACUGGCAUUUAACUCUCCCAGUGAUCGACGGAAAACAACAUCGGUUCAAUCUACUCCCAUGAAGACGACUAUCCGUCGAGCUUUGAGUCUUCCUCAGCCUUCGUUACAGAACGUGAGACCAACUGUUGUCGAUAGCCUAGCCAAGGAGUUACAGCUGGAGCAAGAACAGCGCCGGCCCAACUCACCAAAGGACACGCGUAUUCCCUUCUCACAGCAGACUCCAUGGGUUGAUAGCAAGCUUUCUCAGUACGCUACACUGAGCCUGGGCAAGAUGUCUACAGACAGCCCUACGUCAGAGUCAAGGGAAACGGGCACUAUCGUGGCUGAAUCCAGCCCUGUGGGACAAACCCCCUGGACAAACGAGAUGGCUGAACUGCCGACGAUGCCCCUGCCCAUGACACCUGUUGUCGAAAUAGAGGAUCGCACAACAGUCGAAGAGCCAAACACACCAGCCGUUGCAUCUCAGGUUGAUACGCCACUACAGGAUGCCUCUGCGGCAGCCACAACAGUCAUAGAAUCAACGCCUGAGCCCCAAUUCUCGGUCAAGUCAUUUGCAUCCUUCAGAACAACUUCUCCAGGGCAUAGUUCUCGUCGAAGCAAGCGCGAUGUUUGGAGGGGAUUGGGAAGCCGUUUGCCAAGCACGCAAGGUAUUUUGGCUUCCGCAACAAAGAAUCCUUGGGUGGUCAGGGGCUCUGAACGCCGAGUCUCCUUCGCACCGCUACCCCAUGAAACCGAGGGAUAUUCGAGUAACCCAACAACACCCUGCCCAUCUACAUCUAAGGGGCGUGAAGGCUCACCGCCACCUGAUACUCCUAUGUCUGAACUUCCUACGUCUGGAAGUGACAAGUUUCAUAAGCACUUUGAUGCCGUUGUGCGGGGACCUAUCAUCCGUCACAAACAGCGUUUGCUCCCAUCAGAAUCACAGCGUACAAUUGGCAGUCCAAUGCCAGAUGCUAUGGCAGAGGCUUUCCUUUCGGCAGACCAGCUGCGUCGAUCGGCUCCUCCUUCGGAUCCAACUAAGAGCGAUCGCGAGUCUGAUGAGUCGCAAGACCCUAUGGAAAUGGCCGAAGAUGUGUUCCGCGAGAUGGACCACGUUUUCGAAUGGAACCUUAGUGGAACAGAGUCAUCGCCUCAGAAGACUCAGGGCCAGCAAAGUCCAUGGUGA